CUGCCCUCUACGAGUAGUAAACGUUUCAAUAUUCAGCGCCGCUUUCAAAAUAACUGUAUCGGAGAGGUAAACAACGGAUGGUCGAAGUCUUGUCUCCAGUCCAAUUUGCUCCUGAACUUUUCAUUGAUCCGUCAUCGCAAUGGCGGAAGAGGAGGAGGGGCUUCUGUCGAUGACAUCAUCAGCGAACCUGACUGUGAAUCCAUUCGACACUGUGAGCCUGGACAGCAUGCAUCUCCCUGCGUUCAGCCCAUCGGUGUUCAAGCCCAGUCAGGACACACCCUGCAGCAAGAAGAAGAGUGGAUUCCGCUGGUCCAUCGAUCAGAUGUCCCUGCUCUACCCGGCUGAUAUUGACGAGUUACCACAGCAACAGGACGCAUCCUUCAUCCCGAAAGAGAAAGAGGAGCAAGUACAGGAGGCUAUAAAUCAGUUUUUCUCUCAGAAAGUAGUAGUCCCAUCACCAUGGUCUCAGUCUAAACCCAUGAAGCAAGUCACGUUCUCACCUAAACCUCCAUCAGUUAGCAUACUGAGUGAGCACUCUGCUGAGAAUUCUGUCUGCUCGUCAACGAAUGGAUCCUUCCUUGGAAAUGUAUCUGGGAAAUGCGAUGUGAGUUGUCAGACUGCCAUCACGCUUCCUCUCAACUUUGAUUUAGAGGCCUUUCUCGGUAAGGGUCGCUUUAUGUACACCAAGUCCAGCGUGGAAUCCUUCCCAGUGGCUCCCCUGAGACGCAAGCUCUUCACCCAGAGUGAGUCCAGCUCCAACGGCCUUCCCUCCGCCAGCCCUCUAUCGGUGAGCAGCAGAGAGAGCGGACCGUUCUCACCGUCCAUCUCCCCUAUCAAGUCUAGCCAGGAGUGCAGUCCAGCGGAGUAUGGCCAUGUACCAAAGACACCAAGUUCUGUUGAGAGCCAGUUUUCUUCCAGUCCUAUCGCUCGUUUCAGGACCACUCCACUUCGACCAGUCCCUCAUGUGCAACACCAAGCAUCACCCCUCUGUGGCAAAAUGGAAUCUCCCUUGAUGUCACCCAUAAGAGAAGUCCCACAAGGUCUUCCACCCAGCCCUAUUUCACACAGCCCUGUUGAAUCACUGAGUAACGGUGACCAUAUCUCACCCUUAGUCAUCAAGGGCACCUCACUGUACCAACCACCACGGCCUUCUGAGAACAUGAUGGAAACCAGUUUUUCCAAAGUGGGUAUUCUAGAAUUCAGACCCCAGAUGGCCGAUGUAGGGAGAGACGGUGAAGAAAAAGAAGGGAUGGAGGGAAGGACAAAACUCUCACCCAAUCUGAGAGGGAUUUCUGAAAACGAAAGAGAGGGGGAGGGAGAGAUGGACAGAAGACGGGAAUCAUUGAUGAAAGUGUUUGAUAGGAGUGAUAGAGAGGAAGAAUUUGAUCAUGGAUCGAUAGAAGAGUUCGAUGAAAAUGUCGGAGAAGAACUGAUGGAAAGAAGGAAGGAUUUCACUCUUGGUUUGACAAGAGAGUUGAGCCCUAUACAGAAGAUUGGUGACCAUAUCUCAACGCUAGAUGAACCAGGUUGCUCAUCAAGAUUACAUGGUACUCAAGAAGAGAGCAGUAUGGAUACCAGUCUCAUGAGUAACAGGGGUCAAUUGAGGGAGAACAUUCAUGCAAGCAGUCCACCAAGAAAGAAUAUUCCAUGUGACUUCUCAUUAGAAGCCAGCACUGCUCUUAGCCCUAUCCCAAAGACUAGUGACCUACCACUCUCCCUACCGCUCUCCCCAGUCAGGGCAGGGGCAGACGAGACCAAAGACGGGGUCAAGAUCCAGUCUUUCCGACCCAAGGGGUGCCACAAGAUGGUCUCCUUUCACAUCGGGACAGAGUUCAGCCCCAUCCGAUGUGCAGAGAGUGGUAGUCACCACAUCUUGGGACAAACCUUGCCCAUCACAUCAUCUCGAGUGCAUGAGAGCAACACAGAGCUGUUGAUGGAAACCAGUCUCUUUUCUUUUGAUGGACAAGAAGAGGCAGAGGGUGAUCGAUCAGAGAGAGUAGAGAAUCUUGGAGCAGAUACGGAUGGUCCUGGUAACAUGAUAAAGGUCUUUAGGACAAGUCCUCAAGAAGAUGCUGCAGGGUCAAAGUUAUUGGACAAUGUAUCAAGAGGAACUGAAGAUGUUCACAAGGAAGUGGAAUAUUUAGAGUCAAGUCGAGAUGAGCUUAGACAAAAGUAUGUGAAAACGGCUGCGAAGGAUAUCAUAGAAAGGGACAGUAUGGAUCCACCCCUUUUACAUGAAUGUAAGGACGAUUGUGUUUCCAAUUCAGCCGAGGAUGGUGCCUUUCGGCAUCCUCCUGAGAAUCUCAAGAUGUUUUUGAGAACUUCAAGUAUCCGGGACGGUGCCACCUCCAGCUGCUGCAGGCCAUACGAGCCAUGUGACCAUUCCAGCGCGUGCUGGGUAGCGGAUUCAAACUCCUCUUCCCUCAAGGGUGAGGCACUUCUAGGAGAACGAUCGUUUCCGCUCCAGAGCCCCAUGGUAUCUCCAACAUGCCUGACAUCAACGAUGCGAUACGGCACGCCAACCGCCAAUCCACCUUUUGGACUGCCUGCAAGAGGUGUCCAAAGUGCCACCCCAUCGAUGGACUUCAGUUCAGUCUCCUUGAUUGCAAAUGCUUCUUCUACGAAGGAAACCGUGCAAACGUGCGAAGAGGUAGAUCAUUCCACCGGCACAACCAGAGGACGGUUCCACCAGGAGUCUUCCAAAGACCCGAGGUUUGAUGAAGUGGACUUCUAUGAGAGGAUCGAGGACUGUUCGAUGCAAACGUCUUUCAGGAAAUCCGUUCCGUGCUCCAUGACAACCAGCAGGAGCUACGACUCUUUGCGGAAGUAUGCAGAGGAGAAAGCGAACACGAGUGUGCAAGAGGAUUGGCUGAUGACGUCGUUGUCGGAGGCAGAUCUGCAGAGUCACAGGUCUUCUGAGCUCCAGGAGAUGGUUCCUGGCGGAAGGGAAUCUGCAGGAACCGCUCCAGCAGGUUUGCUCCAACGUGGUGUGAACGAACUUGGUGCUGCAGCGCAACAGGGUCAUAACUCCCAUCCCUUUCAGAGAAGUGCCUCAGACCCGCUCCAAGGGGCUGAAAUGCGAGAAGGAUCCAACUCCUUCGACUUUCAACCGAGUCAUCCAAUGGAGGAUAUGCAAGAAGGUAGCAUGUCCGUCCAUAACGAAACUUCCAACAUAGGUCACGCCACAGAACGUGGUAGUCUAUCCAGGCUAAACGUACAUCAGAAACUCUAUCUGAACACAAACGUGCAAGAAGGACUCAUCUCAGGGGAUAUCAGCAAAACGGACGUAACUCCUCUGAGGCCUAUUUCGGUAAACCUACUCUCUCAUGUAACCAGAGCUGGAGUAGACAGUGGGUACAACACACACAGUGCAAAUGUUUCAAUGGAUAUUGGUGAUGUAGAGAAUAGCUCCUGA